UCCUACAUAAUGGUGUUUGACUUUUGAAAGAUUGUUUACAAGCAAAUCUUAGUGCAUAACAAUAGUUGAUAAAUUUACCAUCUAUCGUGGCGUUGACGUACGAGGUUUUUUGAAAACUCUUUCAAAAUGAAUAUACCUAAAUUUUUUUUUUGAUUACGAUCUGUGCGCGUUAGUUAAGACAAUUUCUCUUUGACCCACUUGUUGCGUUUAGGUUAUGGUCCUAUAAACAAAAAUAUGUUGUAUAUAAAUGUCUGGGUUGUGUAAUAAAUCUGUGAGAAUUAGAAGGUAGGAAUGGAGGGACCAGGUAUAAGCCUAUUUCAAGGUUCUGAAAGUUUACAAUUAAAUACAAGUAAACAAAGAUUAGAAGAAGAUGAAGAACAGGAGGAUCUUAAGCGACGUAAUGAAGAGAUUAAUGAUUUGUUGACAAAUGCAUUUGAUGAUUUAGAAAAUGAUGAAGAUGACGACGACGAUAUCAGUUCUGCUAAUAGCAGCCAUUAUCAGCGCAGUGCCAAAGAAAAUGAACAUACCAAUAUGACUAAACAGAGAUUACCUUUCAAAACUCAAACAACAACACAAUUAUGUAAUGAUUUCGGAACUUACGACCAUGUAGAUAAUUCGGUGAAUUAUAAUCAUGAUUCAAUGAAGAAUUAUAGGACGGAAUCUGAUAUUGGAUUAAGUACUUUUGAUGUUCAAAGAGAUGUGAGUUUGUACGGGCAAACACCAACGCCGCAUAAGAAUAAGAAACCUAUAGAAGCGGAUAUGGAAACUUCCUACGAAUUGGCAAGACUUCCAAAUUCUAGUUCUUGUCCUAGAGAUUUGGAAAGUCAUGCCGAGGAUGGUUAUACGUUUAAUGAAAAUUAUCUUUAUAAUUAUGAAACGCCAUCCAAUCAUUAUAAUAACCAUGGAAAACAUUAUUCGAAUAAUGGUUAUAUCGAAAAUUAUGGGAACAAUGUACAGUGUAAACAGAUUCAUGAAUUCGGCGGUGGUGAUAAUGUUACUUCGGAAGAGAUAAAUCACUGCUUUAAAAUUAAUCCAAAUGGAAAAAUGUUAGAUGACAACAUGAUAUAUAAAACUACCGAGUAUAGUAGUAAAGAACAACUCGAAGUUUUGUACAGUGUAAGGAUGAAAGAAAUAAAGCGACUGACAGAGGAGUUGCAACAGCUACAACAGCAGAAAGAAACUGAAAUGGACCAGUUUGGUCGAAAGGUAGUCUUGUUGCAGGCAGAAGUCGAAAGAUCCAACAUAUCCAGGAAUCAAGCACAACAUGCUCUCAUCGAUGCCAAGGCAGAAAUUAUGGAUCUUCAAGGACAAAUGGCAUCAUUGAAGGAAAAGAACGCCGUUUUAGAGACAACAAAUCAAAAUAUGGCUGAGGAAUUAGCCAUUGCAAAGGAUUCUGUAGUGGAUCUCCAACAAAAAGUAACCGUCCUAGAGCGAGUGCAUGCGUUGCAAAGCAGUGAUAAAAUUCAUGAGAAGUUUUUAAAACAAGCUCAAGAGAAACAUGCGGUGGAAAUCAGAAACAUGCAAACUCAGAUAGAUGUACUUACGGAUAAGUUGAAUACAAAGCCGCUGAGUGAGGAUAUCAGCAAUUAUGAUCUUUGGGAAGCAUCGUAUACAGCUUUGGAACAUAAGUUGGCAGAUAUUAGAAGAGCGCACGAAGCUUUGAUAUUGGAGAAGGGUGAUACCACGAAUCGCCUUGCUCAAGCCCUAGAAAAAAGUCAAGCUCAAUGUCGCAAUUUAAUGGCAACGAAUAACGACCAAAAAAUUUUACAACUUCAAGCUCAAAUAGAGAUAUUAUCUCAAGAAAAAGAAGAUAUGUUGAAGAAUAUUCAAGAUUUACAGAAUAAAUUAGAAGUAGCUAAGAACGAGACGGCACAGUACGAUUCAUUGGCAACAACGUUAGAGGAGGAAUCUGAUUCUAUAAGACAAAUGAAAUUAGGGGAUUUUCAUAAUAGAUCAAGGUUAAAACCCUCGGAUGAUAUCACGAAUAAAUUAAGGGGUGAAUUACAAAGAUGUCUAGCGGGACAAACUGUGAAGAGAAAAGAAAUAACUCGUUUGGAAAAUACUUUAUCUCAAAAAGAAAAGGAACUUGCUAAAGCAAACGUAGUAGCUGAUUCGUGUAGACAAGAGACAGCUAGAUAUGCUAAACGUGUUAGUGAAUUAGAGCAAGAACUUAAGUUACUUCUUACGGACCAAGCAUUAAAAGCUAAUGCUCAAAUACAGAAAUUAUCUGGUCAUUUGAACGAUGUAAAAAAACAGUACGAAAUAUUAAAGGAAGAGAAAUUAAAUCUAGAACAGAAACUAGAGGAGGCAGAAGCAAUUACACAGGAGACUUCAAAAAAAUUACAUCAAGAAAGUACGAAUAUGCAAGAGAAAGAUGUCAUCGAAGAGUACAAUAAAGAAUAUUUGGAAAUACAUGCUAAAGCUGUUGAAAGGGUUAGAGAGGAAGCUAAAAUGGAUAUAGUACAAUUAACUGUACAGUUAGAACAAACGCAAAAAGAAUUAGAUCACGUUAAGGAAUUGUAUAUAGACGUAUGUGGUACAAAGGAGCAAUUGAUUAAUGAACAUAAGGAAGAAAUUAGAACGUUGAAAGAAAAAUAUGCUAGCUUAGAUGAACAUCAAAAGGAUAUUGAGAAAUUAGAAUACGAAUUGGAAACGCAAAAAAAAUUUAUUGACAAGUUGAUGAAAGAGUGCGAAACUUAUAAAAAUAAAAUAAUGGAAUUACAAAAGGAUUUGGCUACGGAGAAAAGAAAGAAGGAGGAAUACACUAAAAAAAUUCAUCAAGAAAUUGAAAGAGCAAAAGAAGAAGCGUUGAAGGAAUUGAGAAAUGCACAUCCCAAUCAACAAAUAAGUGUGUUAUUGCCUGAUCAUUGUUCUGAACAUUUACAAAGAAUCAAUCAGCUCGAAGAGGAUAAUCUUCGAUUAGAAGAGAAAUGUCAAGCGGCAGUAGAAUAUCAAACGGAAUUGGACGAUACAAGAUUAAAGAUCGCACAAGUUGAAAUCUCUCAGGAAUCGUGGAAAAAGAAAUAUGAUAAUGCUAUCAUGGAAAGGAACAAACUUUUUACCCGCAUAUCUUCAUUGGAUUCUCAAUUAUCGGUAUUGAAUAAAAAAUUAAAAAGAGACGAUUCGGACGAGGUGAAAUUGAAAAUAACUCGCGUACAAAUAGAAAACGAGGGUCUUAAAAGUCGUUGUGAAACUUUGUUGAGCGAAAAGAAUAUCUUUAGGGAUAAAAUAACUCAAUUGGAAUUGGAAUUGUCCGAGGAGAAAAAGAUCGUUCAAAGUUUCGAAAAUAAAACGAGGAACGACGUUUCCUUCGUUAAUACGAAGCGUGAAUUGGAAAAGGAAUUGUAUCAGUAUAAGGAGUUGGUUAAAAAAUUGAGUAAUCAAUUGGACGGCUUAAAGGGAAAGGAAAAGGAGUGCGAUAAUUUACAGAAAAGGAUAAAAAGGCUUGAAGAGGAUUUACAAGAGAAUGAAAAAAAGCUUAGGAAAAUAAACGAUUUGGAAAAGAUCACGGAGGAACGAGAUCAACUCUUAGAAAAAUUAAAUAAUCAAGCGAAACGCUUUGAGGAAUGUUUGAAGAAUCAGAGACAACUUUCUGCAGAAUUGAAUCUAUCACCUCGUACUUUGGAAGAGGAGACAGAUUUACAAAAGAUAAGAGAAGUGGUGAUAAAGGAGGUCCGAGAAGAAAUGGAACAAAAAGUUAUUCAAGAACUUCGAGCUAUGGAAGAGCAAUAUCGAGAGAAGAGAAAAGAAUUCGAAGAAAGGUAUAAAGUAACAUUAUUACAAAAGGAACAGGAAGUGAAAACGUUGAAGCACAGCAUAAUAUCAGAAAAGGAAACUAUUUUUUCUUCCUUCAAAGCGAAGGAACAAUUUGUUAGCAAAUUUAUCGAAAACAAAUUAAAGACGUAUCAUGAAGAAUUGUUAGCGAGGCAGUUGCAAAUCGAACGGUUAGAAGAAAGAUUGAAACGAAAUGAAAGUGACAUUGAAGAAGAAAAGAAUCUGAUGGCUCAGGUAAUGACCACUUGGGCAGCAGAGAUCAAAGAUAUUAAAGCGAAAGAAGUAAGUAUGAGGGAUGAUAUACAGAAAUUAAGAGAAAUAGAAGAAAGUUUAAGAAUAGAAAACAAUGCGUUGAAGGAAAAAGAAAAGGAAAUAAAAGAUAAUGUAGAUAUGCUGAAGCUCAAAUAUCAAGCAGCGAGAAAAUCAGCCCAUAAUUAUAAGGAGCACGCAGAGAAAAAAGAAAACUUCUUUCUAAGCGAAUGCAAACGUAUAGAAGAAGGAUAUAAAAAAGCCAUGACACAAGUACAAAAAAGACAUGACGAAGUUAUUAGUGAUUAUAAAAAAGAAAUAAUAACAAAGUUUAAGGAACUCGAGUGUCAAUAUAGGAAGAGAAUAGAACAAAUGGAAAACACAAAAAUCUAAGUACAAAAAUAAUUGUUGAAAUAUGUAUUAAAUAAUACUGAUAUGCAAUAUAGCUUUUAUAUAAGUUAGACAAAAAGGUAGUUAGAAGAGGCUAGACGUUUGUAAAUUAUAGCACUUUAUUGUAUAACACUAUUAGAGAAGAAUUUUUAUUUUAGCGACUUAUAAGUUGAAAAUUUAUAAGUACAGUUAGAGUUAGUAGUGUUCCUUUGACGUUUACGCGAUUAAUACGAUAGUAAACUUUAAUAUGUAAUUUUAAAAGAAAACUUUAAAGUACAACUUUCCGGAUGCUCAUCAGAGUACUAAUUAUAUAUUACUAAAAUUUAUAUAUUAAUUAAAGCAAGAAAAACAUAUCUAUAAAGAGGAAAAAGCCUUACUUUUAUUAUUGUUUUUUAUGCCAUGAUUUUAUAAUAAUCUAAUUAUAUAUAUACAUAAGUAGAAAGAGAGAAAGAGAGCGAGCGAGAGAGAGAGAGAGAGAGAGUGAGAGAGAGAGAAAGAAAGAAAGAGAAAAAGAUACAGAUCCAAUAUAAAAUAGGAAAAUAAGUAACGUGUUUUCGCAAAACGUUCUGACAUAAUAUUUUAUUCCAAGACUGGAUCUUUAUUGGAUCUUUCUUUUUUAAAAAGUAGGUACAAAGAGUCUUACUAGACUAAGAAAAAAAAAAAAAAUUAAAAUUACUAUAAAGUAUAUAUAUAUAUUAAAAUGCAAUUGUAGUCUAAUAUUAAUACUUCCCUGUCCAAAGGCAGGCUUAUCGAGUAUUAAUAAUCUCAUUAGAAUUUUAUGUAUAAAUGCUCAAAAAGAAUUAUAGCGCAUUUUUUUCAAGUUUGUACAAAGUAUCGUCUACGUUAUAUAAAGUUAUCUUACUGAUACAUAGUUUUCUCAUACCGGUUUUUUAAAUUUAAUGUGCAAGCAAGAAAAAGCGAUUCUCGUAUUAUUAAUAAUACAUUGAAUAUUAGAGAGAUAAAUUAUAAUCUUUGUUUAAUUGCAAUCAAAUUGAAUUAUAUAUUUUAUAUGCCAUGAUAUAAGAAUGAUUUAUAAUUGUGUAUGAUAUAAAUGAUACAACUCGUAUGAGAAAAUUUUCAAAUUAAUUUUUCGCACUCUUAAUUAAUGUGUGUACACCCUUGAAAUUUUCUAAGUAGAACAAUUUGAACAAAAAAAAAAAAAAAAAAAAAAAAGAAAGAAAGAAAAAAGAGAGAAAAAAAAUGCUUUCUCGAAAUGAUUUCAUUCAAUGAGCGAUCUAUCGUCAUAAUACAUUCGUAUAAUAGUAUCAAAUACUAUCAUAUUUUUUUCAUCAAUUCUUAAUAACAAUCUAUUUAUAAGAUCAUCGCGAAAGAGAAAGAAAGAGAGUAUUAUUAAUAUUAAUUAGUUAUGUAUUUUUGUAUAUGUAGAGUGAAUUAAUUUAUUUUUUGUAAUAAAGAUUUUAUAUCAGCA